AGGGAACGUCGUCUCUCACUCUAUUCUGUUCACAUGCUUGUGCAUGUUCGGUAUUAGGUAAAUAACUUAUUAACCUGUACGAGUACUUGGGAGAGGUAUGGUAAAUACCGUAGGUGCCGGGUGUGUGGAGGGGAAUGAAUGAAUGAAUGAAUGAAUGAACCCCGGAUGGAGAACGGAGGUUGGCGGCUUCCGGGAUUGACACACGUUCAAUAUCGGUGUAGACUAACUUGAUAUAAAUUUACCAUUUCUCGACACUUUGCUCUCUCUCGCUCUUGCAGUGGCUCGCUCGCUACCUUACCAAGGGCCGCAAACCCGAGAGAGCGAGAUGGAGCUAGAGACGGAGAGAGAGAGAGAGAGAGAGAGAGAGAGAGAGGGCAGCAGGUAUGAUACCCAAAGACCCGGUUUCAGAAUCUGCAUUUUGUCCCAAUCCUAGUGGGCAUAACCGUAGUACACACCGAGCAAGCACUCUACGAGCACCGGCACUGUACCCAUUCAUGAUCCAGGCAGAGCACGAAAAGGAGGAAAAAAAAAUUUCUAUAUUUAUAGACGGAGAGAGGAGGGUGUGGAGGUUCUUGUGUUUGUCCAAGUACUCGUACCAGCACUGGUACAAUACAAGCAUGAUACAAGACAUAAACACACAUAAAUUUACCCUGCACCACCGCAGAAAGAAGAAGAAAAAAUAGAGGUCCAUACUGUGCCGGUACAGCACGGUACCGGUACUGCACGAGUACAGUAC